AUGACUGUUGAUUCUGAUUUAAAUGAAGAACAAUUCAAGUUUUUCGGUCUUGGUGGUUGUAACGAAGUCGGUAGAUCAUGUCAUAUAAUUGAAUAUAAAAAUAAAGUUAUAAUGUUAGAUUGUGGUUCACAUCCUGCUUUUAGUGGUCAUGCUUCAUUUCCUUAUUUUGAUGAAUAUGAUUUAUCAAAAGUUGAUAUUUUAUUAGUUAGUCAUUUUCAUAUUGAUCAUUCUGCUUCAUUACCUUAUAUAAUGCAACAAUCAAAUUUUAAAGGAAAAGUAUUUAUGACCCAUGCGACUAAAGCUAUUUAUAGAUGGUUAAUGCAAGAUUUUGUAAGAGUUACUUCAAUUGGUGCUGCUAGAACUGAGGGUAUGGGAUUAAGUGAAUCAAGUAAUUUAAUUACUGAUGAAGAUAUAAUGAAAUCUUUUGAUAAGAUAGAAACUAUAGAUUAUCAUUCAACUACUGAAAUUGAUGGUAUAAGAUUUACUGCUUAUCAUGCUGGACAUGUAUUAGGUGCAUGUAUGUAUUUUAUUGAAAUUGGUGGGUUAAAGAUUUUAUUUACUGGGGAUUAUUCAAGAGAAGAAAAUCGUCAUUUGCAUGCUGCUGAAAUACCACCUAUAAAACCAGAUAUUUUAAUUACUGAAUCUACAUUUGGUACGGGGACAUUAGAAUCAAGAGCGGAGUUAGAAAAAAAAUUAAUUAGUCAUAUACAUGCUACAAUAACUAAAGGUGGUAGAGUAUUAAUGCCAGUCUUUGCCCUUGGUAAUACUCAAGAAUUAUUAUUAAUCCUAGAUGAAUAUUGGCAAAAUAAUGAAGAUUUGCAAAAUACAAAUGUUUAUUAUGCUUCUAAUCUAGCUAAAAAAUGUAUGGCUGUUUAUGAAACUUAUACUGGUGUAAUGAAUGAUAAAAUUAGAUUAUCUUCAAAUUCAGAUGGUAAGAAAAAUCCAUUUGAUUUUAAAUUUAUAAAAUCAAUAAAAGAUUUGACUAAAUUUCAAGAUUUAGGUCCAUCAGUAGUUAUUGCUUCUCCAGGUAUGUUACAAGCAGGUAUAUCAAGACAAUUACUAGAAAAAUGGGCUCCAGAUAGUAAAAAUUUAGUUAUAUUAACUGGUUAUUCAGUUGAAGGUACAAUGGCAAAAGAUUUAUUAAAAGAACCUCAGGUUAUACAAUCUGCAACCAAUCCAGAUUUAACAAUUCCAAGAAGGAUAGGAAUUGAAGAAAUUUCAUUUGCUGCUCAUGUUGAUUUUCAACAAAAUUCAGAAUUUGUAGAUAAAGUUAAUCCAUCAAAAAUUAUAUUAGUUCAUGGUGAUAGUGUACCUAUGGGUAGAUUAAAAUCUGCAUUAUUGAGUAAAUAUGCAAAGAGGAAAGGAACAGAUCAAGAAGUUAAAGUAUAUAAUCCAAGAAAUUGUGAAGAAUUAAUAAUAGGAUUUAAAGGGCUAACGAUUGCUAAAGUAUUAGGAUCAUUAGCUGAAGAACAAUUACAAAUAUUGAAAAAAGAAAUACAGAAUAGAAUAGAUGAUAAAAUAACGGAAGUAAAAGAAGAGGAUAAAAAAGAAGUUAAACAAGAAGAUUUAAGUACACUUAAAACUGGACAAGUUGUUUCUGGUGUUUUGGUAUCAAAAGAUUUCGAUCUUAAUCUUGUUCAAUUACAAGAUUUACAUGAAUUUACACAAUUAUCUACAUCAAUAGUAAAAUCUAAAAUUAAUCUUAAAAUAAAUGCUGAUAUUUCAUUAAUGGUAUGGCAUCUACAACAAAUGUUUGGAUAUAUAAAUAUAAUGAAUGAUGAUGAAGAAGAAUGGGAAGGUGUAAUAAUGGAUAGUAUAGAUAUUUUCAUUGAUAGAUCCAAAAAACCAGGAUUAUAUAUUACUGUUGAAUGGAUAAAUGAUAAUUUAAUGAUGGAUUCAAUUGCUGAUUCAGUAAUUGCAAUUUUAUAUUCCAUUGAUUCAUCACCUGCAUCUGUCAAGUUAUCAUCUAAUCAUCAUACACAUAAUCAUAUAAAGGAGGAAAAUGGUAAACAUAGUGCAAACAUACAACAAAGAAUAAAAGAUAUUAAUUUAUUAUUGAAAGCUCAAUUUGGUGAUACUUUAAAAGAAUUGGAAAAUGAUAAAGUAGAAAUAAAUAUUGGUAAAAUGCAAGCUAUUGUAAAUUAUAGAACAUUGGAAGUUGAAUGUAAGUCAAAGGUAUUAAAAGUUAGAAUCGAGAAUAUAAUGAAUAGAGGUUUAUCGAUUGGUGCUCCAUUAAGUUUGAAAAGUAAAUAG